UUUUAUGACAAUCGAUUAAAAACUCACGAGCCUUAGAGGGUUAACUUGGUUUUGCCAAAACAAAAGUAUAUUACAAAAUGAGUGUGCUAGAAUGGAAAAAACUUGAUCUGUUUCAUUUAGUAAUACCUCCACCCAGUACUAAUCUACAAUCAUUAAGUGGCGAUAUUACGGCACACUGCUUUAAUUGGAAUACAACGGUAUUUUGUGAGCAAAAUGGAUUUAUUCACGUUUAUACGGAGAACUGGGAGAAUGUUGUUUUUAAGAGUCAGCUGGGUGACAAGCAGCCCAUUAAGUGUUGUGCUCUGACCAACAAUGGAUUGCUUGCAACUGCAUCACAAGACGAUAACUUUGUGGUCUCCAUUCACAUAUACGACCUAAAAAGAUUAAGUCGGAAACAAGGAGCUCCAAUCAUAUCUACUGCAAAUCUGCCUUCAACAAGUACCAUCACCUGUAUGCAAGUGGAGACGAUAUCAGAAAAGAUAUUUGCCAUAAGCAUUGGAUUUGAUAAGGGCGAUAUUUUAUUGCAUUACGGCAAGUUAAUUAGGGAUCUAUCGCCAAGCAUUCGCCAGUUCUCAAUUGGACUGCGGCCCAUAAAUGGCAUCCACUUCGAAACAUCUUUUACGACAGAUGCAGUGCAGCCGUCGUGCAAUAUUUUUGUGAUCAGUCUGGAUGGCGUGUUUUGCUUUUCGCUUAGUGACAAAGGUCAGCCUGAGCCAAAACUUAAACUUCAGAAUGAUAAGAAAACGUUUAACAGAUGCUGCACAAUUCGUCAGCAGAGAGGUUUUUCUAUGAAUAAUCCGGAUCCGGAAGCCCUGUUGGUAGUUGGAAGUGAUGACGCCAUUUAUUGCUUUACACGCGAUGGAAGAGGACCCUGUUAUGCCAUUGAGGGGCAAAAGAAAUAUGUCUCAUGGGUCGGACCCUAUAUGAUUGCUGUUGUAAAGGAGCAGAAAUCUAUUCUAUCAUCUCAGCCAGGCACUACACUCAUUGUGGUGGACACUGAAAAUAAAAUGAUUGUUUUUUCCCAGCACAUCGAAGACCUAUUUUGUAUUAUCAAUAGAAAGAAUGACUUUUAUGUCAUCACCAGAGAAGAGGAACCAACUAGCAAAUCAUAUGCAUACAAUAUGUAUAUUUUGGAGGAACAUGAUAUAUCGUUUAAGGUGCGAUUAUUGACCAAAAAUGUUAUGUAUGACACAGCGUUGAGGUUGUUAGAAAGAGAAGGAUUGGCUCCUUCUGACGAUGCUGCAAUUGUUAGAUAUCAGUUUGGCAACCAUUUACUAUCGAAAGGCGACCCAAGCAGAGCGGCAAAGGAAUAUAUCCGAACAAUAGGAUUCGUAAAGCCCUUUAAUGUCAUUUCCAAACUUCUAACUCCAAGAUAUAAUGAAUAUCUCAUUGAAUACCUAGAGGAAUUUGUAAAGAGCGAUGAGGCAACUGACGAGCAUAGAAGACUACUUCAAAGUUGCUUGGAUAGAAGGGACUUAAGCAGUGGCAUCGAACAGCUCUCCACUCUUCAGGAUGGCACUCAUAAUACCGAUAAUAUACAACUUGGCGACUUUAAAUAUCCAUCAAAUCGAGCUGCCAAUUUUCUGCUGUUUGCCAAUGUCUGGCAUAGUUUAAGAAAGGAUCAAAAUCUCGCUGAACUUUAUAAGGAACAAGAGAUUUUAAAUUUCUUUUUAGAGUCUGGACAAGAAUUGUUAGAAAAGCAUUCGGAGACUGUAUUGGCGACUAUUAAAGCGCUUGUCCGCGAUAAGAAAACAGACAAUAUUUUAGAUUUUCUGAGCAUUCUGUCACAGGAUAUUGAAUUUUGUCUUAAUAUUUUAACCGAAAUUAUCCAAAUUAAUCCCGAUUGCGAUGAAAAACUAUAUUAUUAUAUGCUUAUCCUGUAUCUUGAACUAUGGCGUGAAAAGAAAGCAUCAUCAGAAGAUAUACUGAAUUUUUUGAAAAAUAAACGACUGCGUCAUGAUAAGGUUCUUAUUAUAUGCGGCCUUUAUCUUUUCACAAAUGGCAUUAAACAUAUUCAAUCCAAUCCGACAGAUGCUGAGCUUAAUAAUGGUGGUGAAACGAUUCUUAAAGAAUGUAUGAAUAGUCUAAUCAAAAAUUUCCCCGAACAUUCAUUCCUUUUUGAGACCAGUUCCAGAUCAUUUCUAAUGCUGCUGAAAAACGCGUGCAAUAAUACGGCCAUGAAUGCCUUGCAUCUGAAACAAUUUUUCAAGGAUAAAUCUUUAAAAGCUUUUAUGGAUACGCAUAACGAGUUGGCAUCCAUUAAUGAUCUCAAGGAUCAAAUUAAACAGUCUACAUCACUGAUAUCACGCUACAGAUGCAAUCCCAUUGAAUUUCGUAACACAUCCUGUGAUAUUUGCAGGCAACCAUUGCAUAUGCCAUCAGUUUAUUUCCUUUGUCAACAUUCCUUUCAUAAGGAAUGUCUCAAUUAUAAUUCCAAACUUGUUUCGAAUGCAUCAUGCAGCGUCUGCUCUAACAAUGCAAACUACUAUGUGGACAAAGAGGAUACCAAUCCAUUUGAAGAAGACGAUGAGGACUCGGGUGAUAUAAUAGCUGGAAUUUCAAAAAGUUUGGCUACUGGCAUUAUUCCAUUGACUUCGGGCAAUAACAUAAUAACAACAGAAUCACUGACAAGUGGAAAUAGCAAGACCAAGGCAUGGGCCGGAAGGAUAUCAGAAAAAAGAGUGGCAGCAAGCAGCAAUCCCUUUGACGCAAAUUAUAAUAGUUUUGACUGAUAAUACCAAAUGCAUGUACGUUUAAUAUUAUUACUGCACAAUAAAUUGUAAAUUUAUAUAAACACCAUAAA